AUUGCCACCUCUUGAUCUAGAAUCAGACCCAGUUGAAAGAACUGUAAAAUUUUCUAUAUUCUCAGUUCACUCAAGCUCUUGUGCUGUUAAUUGAAGGGUAUUUGGUGUUCUCGGUUACUCUGAAUGCUGUUUUUAGGUUCUGAUAUUUGAUUUCACAUGUUACUGCGACAUAUCUAAGUUGGGUUGAUGCAUUUGUGUUACAAUAUGGACGGAUGGUACUGGGCUAACUUCAUUUUCAUGGUUCAUUUGUUAUGACAAUUGAAUUUUGUUUCUGUAAGUUUGAAGAACAUUUAGUUAUACGAGAUGGUGAGCAGAUUAUAUUGGAGUUCAUUGGGCUAUUUCAGGCCUUCUAUUAUAAGGGUAUUGAGUUUUGGCAACUCAUUGUCUGGAGGGCAUUGUAAGAGCUGGUUGUUUCAAUCAUUCAAUGUACUUGUUGUGAUUGGCUCUUUUUUGUUUUUUCUUGUAGCUAUGUGUUCUGGUUAUUUAUUCAUGUUCCCAGCUUUUCAACCAGUUGUUCAUAGUUCUGGGACUAAUAUGUCUACUGAUCUGGGUAAUAUGUCUACUGAUCUGGGUCAUGGAUGCAAUGUGUUUGAUGGAAGGUGGGUACCUGAUGAAAGUUACCCUUUGUACAAUGCAUCAGAAUGUCCUUUUGCGGAACUGGGUUUUAAUUGUUUGGCUAACAGGCGAAAAGAUAAAGGGUACCUUAAAUGGAGGUGGAAGCCUAAGAGUUGUGAAAUUCCAAGGUUUGAUGUGCUUGCAGUUUUGGAUAUGCUUCGUGGGAGACGGGUUGUUUUUGUUGGCGAUUCAUUGAGUAGAACUCAGUGGGAGUCUAUGAUAUGCUUGCUCAUGACUGGUGUAGAGGAUAAGAAGAGUGUGUAUGAAGUCAAUGGGAAUAAGAUCACUAAACAGAUUAGGUAUCUAGGUGUUCGGUUUAGCUCCUUCAAUUUUACGGUUGAGUUCUAUCGUUCUGUUUUUCUGGUGCAGCCUGGCUCUGUGCCAAAACGUUCGCCCAAGAGGGUUAAGUCAACACUUAAACUUGAUAAGUUGGAUGAUAUCAGUACAGACUGGAUUGAUUCUGACAUUCUUAUCUUUAAUUCAGGGCAUUGGUGGACACCAGCAAAGCUCUUCGACAUGGGCUGCUAUUUCCAGGUUGGUGGAAGAAUGAAGCUUGGAAUGUCAAUAACUGGUGCCUUCAGAUUUGCAUUAAAUACUUGGGCAUCUUGGGUUGAGAGUACAAUCAACACGAAUAGAACACGUAUAUUCUUCCGGACUUUUGAGUCUACUCAUUGGAGCAGUCGAACCCGUCAGAAUUGCAAAGUAACUCGGCGGCCCUUGUCGAGAACUAAAGGUAGGGAACGAAGCCCAUUUUCAGAUAUCGUCAUGAAUGUUGUGAAGAAUUUAUCACUUCCCGUGGCAUUGCUGCACGUGACACCCAUGGGCGCAUUCCGGAGUGAUGCACAUGUGGGUCCUUGGAGUGACACUGCAUCAGUGCCUGAUUGUAGUCAUUGGUGCUUGCCUGGAGUACCUGAUAUGUGGAAUGAAAUACUUUUCUCAUAUCUGCUUUCUCAGCACAGGGUUAUCCUUCAGUGACUAUGGAAUUUGUAAGUAAGUUUUCUUAUUGAUUGAUGCCAUAUCUCAUCGUUUAUAUAAGAAGGUAUAAAUGUGCUUAAUUUGACUCUUAUUAACGAUCUAUUCAAAACAAGCAAUGAAUCACAUACAUUCAUUAAUGCGGUUAUAUAAAACUGUCAGAAUCCCAGUUAUAUAUAUCAUUUUUUAUUUGUAUUGUAUAAAUUUUUUAUUAGCUUUCAUUAACUCUCAUGUUUUGUUGAUG